UAAAAAAAAAAAAAACCGUGUUCCAAUUUUAAGCAACAUAAUUUAGAGACAAUUUAUUAUCCAGGCAGAACAAGUACAAGUCAUGGCGAAUAUCCCAAUUCAAAAUCCAGUUAUUUUACAGCAAAGGCCCAAAGAAUGGACCCCACUCUAGUUUUCUAAGUGCAGUGACGUGUCAAGAUCUCGGGGCCCAAUCUUUUCAUUGAGAUUCUUAGCCGUGGAUUACUCUUUUCCCUCUGAUCUUUAUAGGGUUUGGCAAGAGGGCCCCUUACUCUUUCUCCUUGUAUGGAACCCAGUAAACAAGUGGGGCUCUCUUUUUCAUCCCUAAGUUGUUUUUGGCUUUUCUCUUCAAUAUGGAGAACAAACAAAACAUUGAACCGGAAAAUGACGAGGUUAACGACUCGAAGAUAUUAUCCGCUGAUCCAUUACUCGGCGAUUCUGAAGAAUACACCAUUACAGCAGUAGGGCAGCAUGUAACUGACGCUGAACGUGUCGUCCCUUCUCCGCCGCCGUCAACAGAUAUUGUGCCUUUGUUAAAGGAAGAGCCGGCAGAAAACGAUUUGCGAGGAGGCACUAUGUCAGUUGGGCUAAAUAUGCAACUGCAAAAGGUAGAAAAACCGCUUGCUAAAAGAUCCUCAAAAGACAGGCACACGAAAGUUGAAGGCCGUGGUCGGAGAAUCCGGAUGCCGGCGGCGUGUGCUGCUAGAAUCUUCCAAUUAACACGGGAACUAGGCCAUAAAUCCGACGGUGAGACUAUACGUUGGCUUCUAGAACGCGCCGAGCCAGCUAUUAUUGAAGCUACCGGAACGGGUACGGUUCCGGCGAUUGCCGUAUCAGUUAACGGAACGCUGAAAAUACCGACGACAUCGCCGGCGACAAAUAGCGAAGGAGAAAACGCGACGAAGAGGAGGAAAAGGGCCGCGAACAGCGAGUUUUAUGACGUGCAUGAGCCGUCUAAUUUUGCACCAGUGGCUCCAAUUGCCCCGCAAAGUCUCCUUCCUGUUUGGGCAGUGGCCUCUGGUAAUGGGCUUGUACCCACCACCAGUGGGACGACUUUCUUUAUGGUGCAGCCGCCACCCACUAGUACUACUACUAUUGCUACUGCUGGGCCUUCGUAUCCACCUCAGUUGUGGGCCACCCCAAUAUAUAAUAUUCCAGGAAGGCCCAUUUCAAAUUAUGUAUCUGGAAUUAGCUAUGCAGGGGUCUCUGCUGCUGCUGAAGGUCAAGUGAGUUCGUCAAAAAGUGAUGGGAAUGUUUCAGCCAUGGCUCCAAGUUCCAGUUCUACUGGUGUUACCACUACUACAACCACAAGUACUACUACUACACAGAUGCUUAGGGAUUUUUCAUUGGAGAUUUAUGACAAAAGAGAGCUUCAGUUUAUGGUUGGUUCUGGUUCUAGUGAAAAUGAUCAAACUUCUUCCUCCAAAUCCUGAUACAUUUUCAGUUGGGGCAGAAAAUCGGUUAGGGUUCUAGGCCCAUAAAGUACUCUUUUAGUUUCUUUUUUGUUUUAAUUUUCCAUGUCUUUUGUUAUCUAAUCUGACGGAUAAGCAUCUAGCAUUUCUAUGUUUUUAGUUAGGUCUUAGCUUUAAUAUUUUGCUUGUAGAUAACUCCUUGAGCUUUUAGAAUUUGGUUCCUCCUUUUGAAGUAAGCUCUGUUUUGAUGACAAAGGUUGGUUAACUUUGGAUGUCAACUUGCUAAAUACUUUUUAGUGCUGGGGCACUCAA